CCUCAGGACCUGCUUCCUGUCGCGAGCUGCGACCUGUGGCCUGCGGCCUGUGCGACCUUUGGGUCCGGACAGUACCAUGGCCCUCUUCCUUGCGUCCCACGCUGUUUUCUCCUCCGCCGUAGCUCCUCGUAUUUUUGGGAGGCCCAAAGGAUGUGCACCUAGCUGGACUGUGGCAGCCAUUGGCUGUCCUGCUGUGUCGCUGAGUCGACAAUGUGGCGGCCAGUCCACUGCAGCAGGGACCAGUGAUCGACGGCGAAAUCAAACGCUCGGCUUUAGCAUCGAGACGCAGGACUUAUGUACCCAAAGCUUUGCCACACGCCUGAUACGACUAUCCGAUUGCGCCCCACCAGACGGAGACCUAUCCAAGCAUUACCGAGGCGUAUUCGAGACAGACUGAGUCCUAUUCCAGACAGAGAAAAUCUUAUCCCAGCAAGACAGAAGCACACACCUUGAAAGAUCCGAAGCAAGCCAUCGUCAUCCUUCGACCUGGCCAUCGACAACAAGGACUUUGACUAUGGUAACCAAGGGAGGAGCUACGCGGGCUACUAGACUCUAGAUAGAUCUCAUUGUUGUUAAGAUUAAGGAUAUGAAAUUCCAUUCAUUUAGAUAGUAGAUA